AUGAGAAUGCAGCGGAGCAAAGGGACAGCAACAUGCUCACACCUACCCGGCUCUGAUUACGAAUUGUCGAUGGAUCUCAAAAAUAAGCAGAUUGAAAUGCUGGAACACAAAUAUGGAGGCCAUUUGGUAUCUCGCCGGGCUGCCUGCACCAUCCAGACAGCUUUCCGUCAAUACCAACUCAGCAAGAACUUUGAAAAGAUUCGGAAUUCCUUGCUGGAAAGCCGCAUGCCCAGGCGCAUUUCUCUGCGGAAGGUCAGGUUACAGAAUGCCGAGAGUUUAAUGGAAGGGUAUAACUUUGCAGGAAUUCCUUUGGUGCGGUCGCCAUCCUUACCUGCAAGUAUCAGUGGUGCUCUGACUGAGCUUGAGGACUCCUUCACAGAGCAGGUUAAGUCACUGGCAAAGUCAAUCGAUGAUGCUCUCAGCUCCUGGAGCUUGAAGACAAUGUGUUCAUUGCAAGAUGGCAGUAGUUAUCAAUUCACAGAGACUUUCAGCAGUGCAUCAAUGCAGGAUGGAGCAGGAGGUGAGAUGGGGAAAACAGGGCAAGAAAGCAGUGAUAACAAACUGGAAGAUGGCCUUGCAAGAAGUGGAAGUACACUUAUGAUGGCCUUCAGGGAUGUCACCUUCCACAUUGAGAACAAAAACAUGUCAGUUUCUUCACUGCUGGAAUCUGCAUCGGUUGCCAUGACAAACUGUGAGAAUGCUCCUUCAGAACCUGAGCAGAAUGCUGUGGUUGCAAAAGGUGAUCAGGGUCCAGAGGAAGAGGAGAACAAAGGCUCCCAGAAUUCUUCUUCAGAACAGGAACAGAUGAUCAUUCAAAGCAGAGAGUUGGUGGGGCAGGAGCAUAGGCAGAUGGCAAUGCAGAAGAUCCAAAUCGAUCAAAACAAUGGGAUCAUGCAGGAGCAUCAGUUGGAAUCCAUUCGCUUGGACAAUGCAGAGCAACUCAGCAGCAGUAGUACAACAUCCAUCUCGGCUAAGUCUCCAUCAGAAGUCUCUUCAAAAGAAGCGCUGCAUGCUAUGAUAUUGAGCAUGCCCAGGUACCACUGUGAGAACCCAAGCAGCUGCAAGUCACCAACACUUUCUACUGACAUCAUCCGCAAACGACUCUACCGUAUCGGCCUCAAUCUUUUCAAUGUAAAUCCUGACAAAGGGAUUCAGUUCCUGAUUGCCCGUGGAUUCAUCCCUGACACGGCGAUUGGAGUUGCCCAUUUUCUGCUGCAGCGGAAAGGACUGAGCCGCCAGAUGAUUGGGGAGUUUCUUGGCAACAGCAAAAAGCAAUUCAACAGAGAUGUUUUGGAUUGUGUUGUUGAUGAGAUGGAUUUUUCUAACAUGGAAUUAGAUGAAGCUCUGCGCAAGUUCCAGGCUCAUAUUCGAGUGCAGGGAGAGGCACAGAAGGUCGAGCGACUCAUUGAAGCAUUUAGUCAACGUUAUUGCAUGUGCAACCCAGACGUGGUUCAACAGUUCCACAAUCCAGAUACCAUCUUCAUCUUGGCUUUUGCUAUCAUUUUGCUUAACACAGACAUGUACAGCCCCAACAUUAAACCCGAUCGAAAAAUGAUGCUGGAAGACUUCAUCCGUAACUUGCGAGGUGUGGAUGAUGGAGUGGACAUUCCUCGUGAGAUGGUUGUUGGUAUUUACGAACGAAUUCAACAGAAAGAAUUAAAGUCCAAUGAAGAUCAUGUGACAUAUGUAACCAAGGUAGAAAAAUCAAUCGUGGGGAUGAAAGCAGCCCUCUCUGUCCCCCACCGGCGGUUGGUUUGUUGUAGCCGACUCUUUGAAGUCAUGGACAUCAACAAAGUGCAGAAGCAGGCAGCUCAUCAGCGAGAAGUCUUUCUGUUUAAUGACCUUGUGGUGAUACUUAAACUGUGUGCAAAAAAGAAAAGCUCUGCUACAUAUACAUUCUACAAGUCUGUUGGCCUUCUGGGAAUGCAAAUUCAUCUGUUUGAGACUGAGUUUUACCCUCAUGGGAUCACCCUCGUAUCAUCUGUUUCUGGCUCUGAGAAGAAGCAGGCACUGAGUUUCUGUGCACAGAAUUCAGAGGAGCUUCAGAAGUUUGUGGAGGAGCUGAAAGAGUCAAUAGCAGAGGUGACAGAGAUGGAGCAAAUUCGAAUUGAUUGGGAGCUGGAAAAACAACAGGGGGCAAAAACCCAUUCUGCAAAGAAUAAUGGAGCUCAGCUGGACAUUCGAACCAAACCAAGAUCUCCAUCAGGCAAAAAAGAGUCUGGAGAAAACAAGACCACAAACAACGCUGUGGAGGUGUCAAUUCACAACAGGCUUCAAGCCUACCAGCACAGUUCAGUGGGGAACCAGGAGUGCGCAGUCCAGCAAAGCACCCUCCUUAACAUCAAGCAAGAAAACUCAGCAGUAACAGGAACUGUGGAUCAUCUCCCUGAAACACUACUCCAGUGCCAACAGAUUGUGAACGUCAUAGUACUCCCUGUAAAACCGGACAAAGUGGACACCCCUCAGAAUGAAACGCCUAUUCACCAAACGGGAUUAGACACCAACUCCACUAGCUCCACACCUCGCAAAUUAAAAGAAGACAGGCUACAAGGAACACCUGUAAAAACCACUCACCAGCCACCUCUGCCUCCUCCACCUCCACCCUACAACCACCCUCACCAGUAUUGUCCUCCCAACCCUUUUGUACGCAGACGUAGAUAUUCCAGUGGAUCACGAAGCUUAGUGUAG